AUGUCGACAUCUAAUAUACCAGAUUCCCCAUCAAUUAGUACAAGCGAAAUUGAUACAGAACGUUGUAAUCUCCGGCCACAACGUCCUCCGCCACUACCUCCUGUACAAACUGACUUUUCUACAUCUAUUGAAUUAGCAGUACCAUCUGCUGAAUCUGACAUUACGCUUUCAAUUACAGAUACACCCAAUAAUAAUGUAGAAGAUAAUCGUCCAUCACUUCUAUUCGAAUUCAAUGAACUAUUUGAUUCAUUUGAUUAUGAAUCUGUUCGUAAUAAAAUUUUAAAUCGUCAAAUGACAACAUGUUCAUUUACUACUGUUCUAUGGCGUAUAUUUUUACAUUGUUUACCACGUAGUUCAUGCCAGUGGAAUCAGAUAAUUGAUGGAUCACGUGCUGAGUAUGAUGAAUUGGUAGAAAAAUAUCUUCUUGAUUUACAAAAAAUUCGAGAAAAUUAUGCUGAUGCAAAACAUCUCAAUCAUCCACUUUCUCAAGAAGAGAAUAGUCUAUGGAAUCAAUACUAUGUAUAUGAAGAACUCAAAGAAAAUAUAUAUCAAGAUGUUAUACGAACUUGUCAAGAAAUAGAAUUUUUUCGACAAAAACAUGUUCUUGAUCUUUUACUCAGAGUUUUAUAUCUUCAUAGUCGACAUCAUGGAGAAGCUUUACCUUAUCGACAAGGUAUGCAUGAAAUUCUUGCUGUUAUUGUCUAUUUGAUUCAUAACGAAAGUGUAAUAAUAAAUGAAUACCCUGAGUCAAAUGAAAUCAUGAAGAAACUUUAUGAUCCAAAAUAUCUUGCUCAUGAUUCUUAUGCGAUAUAUUCUAAAAUUAUGGACCAUAUUCAUCCAUUUUAUGAUUUUAAAUCAAAUAAUGCAAUUGCACGUAAAGUAUUAUUUCAACGAUUAAAUGAUACACAAGUUCAAAUGAAUGAUACUGUUAUGAGAGUGAACGCGAUUUUUCAUCGUUUGAAAGAUUUUGAUCGUCCACUCUUCGAACAACUGCAAGAAUUAGAUAUCGAACCGACCGUUUAUGGCAUACGUUGGCUACGACUUUUAUUUGGACGUGAAAUUCCUUUUGGUUCUAUUCCAAUCAUCUUUUGUUAUGAUGAAUGUUUUGCAUUUGUGGAUUUCUUUUUUCUUGCACUCCUAAUGGAAAUUGGACAAAUAUUUAAAAAACAUGGUAUAUCAGAGUAUAGCUUUUGUUUACAAUAUCUCAUGCAAUCAAAUAACAUAAAUGAUGUUGAAAGUGUCAUUCAAAAAGCACUUUCGUUAGAAAAACUUUCUAAAGCAAAAGAAUCACGUUUAACAUCAAGCUAUUCUGCAUUAACACAAUCGAAUCGUUAUCCUACACCAGGAAGUUCAAAGCCAACUUCACCUACACAAAGUUAUACACAAAAUCCAAUGAUUGAUGCAACAAGAAAUAGUACUUCUACAACACCAUUUAUUUUAUUAUCACCACCAGGAAAGAUUAAUUCGUCAAAAGCUACAAAAGAAUCUGAAAUGAAUGAUUAUCCAGGAAAAGAAGUACGUCAACAAUUUGAAACUAAUAUUCAAAUACAAAAAUAUUGUGCAGAAUUUAUGAAUAAAUUUAUAGGUCGAAUACGAAAUCGUGUAUGCGGUUCGCCAGAUUCAAAUGAUGAAGUAUUGAUUCAAUUGAAUGGUUUGGAACAAAUUGCUAAUAUACUUGAAGGUACAUUAACAUUUGAUGAUAGAACUCUUGAAGCUCUUGCCAAUUAUAAACAAAAAGAAAAAUUAAUUGAAAAUGAUAAUUCUGAUGCUAUUUAA